GAGCGGAAGCGCGCGCGGGCGGGCGGGCCGGGCGGCUGCGCCGUCCCCUCAGAGGGGCGCUGCCGCGCGGGCUGAGGCGUCUCGGCCGGGAACCGGGGGGAGCGGUGCGCGUCGGGGCCAUGAGCGGCUCCAGGGCUCCGGGCCCCGAGGCGGGCGCCUCCGGGGCAGAGCCCCCCGGCGCGGCGCUGAGCGUGGACGUGGCAGGGCUGCUGGCACAGCUGGCGCGCAGCUUCGCGCUGUUGUUGCCGGUGUACGCGCUGGGCUACCUGGGCCUGAGCUUCAGCUGGGUGCUGCUGGCGCUCGGGCUGCUCGUGUGGUGCCGCAGGAGCCGCGGCCUUAAGGCCACCCGCCUGUGCCGCGCGCUGGCGUUACUGGAGGACGAGGAGCGCGCCGUGCGCCUGGGGGUGCGCGCCUGCGACUUGCCGGCCUGGCUUCACAGGGUGAGAUUGUCUCGUAGCGUGAAACGGCCGUGGUGGGACAGUGUACCCUGGCAGUCGGCAGUCUCGGGAACUGGCUGUGAACCCUUGCUGGCUCUGCCACUGCCCCAAGCCAUCUUCGUUCCCCUCCUCCGGAGAUCUGCACCCCAACCGCUAAAGGCAGAGGGAACAGACGCCUUAGCCCAGCAGGUUCAUUUUCCAGACACUGAGAGAGCAGAAUGGCUAAAUAAGACUGUAAAACACAUGUGGCCUUUUAUUUGCCAGUUUAUAGAGAAGUUGUUUCGAGAAACCAUAGAGCCGGCCGUGCGGGGCGCACACACCCACCUCAGCACCUUCAGCUUCACGAGGGUGGACCUGGGGCAGCAGCCCCUCAGGAUCAAUGGUGUUAAGGUGUAUACUGAAAAUGUGGAUAAAAGGCAGAUUAUUUUGGACCUUCAGAUUAGUUUUGUAGGCAAUUGUGAGAUCGAUCUGGAGAUCAAGCGAUAUUUUUGUAGAGCUGGUGUGCAGAGUAUACAGAUUCAUGGUACAAUGCGGGUGAUCCUGGAACCAUUGAUUGGAGACAUGCCCUUAGUAGGAGCUUUGUCUAUCUUCUUCCUUAGGAAGCCACUUUUAGAAAUUAACUGGACAGGACUGACUAAUCUUCUCGACAUUCCUGGAUUGAAUGGUUUAUCAGAUACUAUCAUUUUGGAUAUAAUAUCAAACUAUCUGGUGCUUCCCAAUCGAAUCACCGUCCCUCUUGUCAGCGAAGUUCAAAUAGCUCAGCUGCGAUUUCCUGUACCAAAGGGUGUCCUGAGGAUACAUUUUAUUGAAGCUCAGGAUCUUCAGGGAAAAGACACUUACCUUAAGGGACUUGUCAAGGGGAAAUCAGACCCCUAUGGAGUGAUUCGAGUUGGCAACCAGAUCUUCCAAAGCAAGGUCAUCAAGGAGAACCUCAGUCCAAAGUGGAAUGAGGUGUAUGAGGCUCUGGUCUAUGAACAUCCCGGACAGGAAUUGGAGAUCGAGCUCUUUGACGAAGACCCAGACAAGGAUGACUUCCUCGGAAGUCUUAUGAUUGAUCUUAUUGAAGUUGAAAAGGAGCGCCUUUUAGAUGAAUGGUUCACCCUGGAUGAGGUGCCCAGAGGGAAGCUGCACUUGAAGCUGGAGUGGCUCACACUCAUGCCCGACGCGUCGAACCUUGAGCAGGUGCUGACAGACAUCAGAGCUGACAAAGACCAAGCCAAUGACGGGCUGUCCUCCUCACUGCUCAUCUUGUACUUGGACUCGGCCCGGAACCUUCCGAGUAUCUACGAGGGAAACUUUGGGUGUGGCUACUUAAAAGAGAGGCGAGCGUCGGGACUAGUGUUUUGUGAAAAUACUGCCUCAGUCUAUAGAGCACUAUUUUCUGGGAAGAAAAUAAACAGCAAUCCAAAUCCUCUUGUGCAAAUGUCAGUCGGUCACAAGGCCCAGGAGAGCAAGAUUCGGUACAAAACCAACGAACCUGUGUGGGAGGAAAAUUUCACCUUCUUCAUUCACAAUCCCAAGCGCCAGGAGCUCGAAGUGGAGGUGAGAGAUGAGCAGCACCAGUGUUCCCUGGGGAACCUCAGGAUCCCUCUCAGCCAGCUGCUCGCCCGCGAGGACAUGACCCUGAACCAGCGGUUCCAGCUCAGCAACUCAGGUCCCAACAGCUCUCUGAAGAUGAAGCUCGCCCUCAGGGUGCUCCACCUGGAGAAGCAGGAGAGGCCUCCGGACCACCAGCACUCGGCUCAAGUGAAACGGCCCUCUGUGUCCAAGGAAGGCAGGAAAGUCUCUGUCAGGCCUCAGAUGUCCGCGUCGCCGGGCUCGGGUGACAGUGGCACGGCCCCAUCCACACCGGUCGCCGGGGGCGAUGAGAGGCCUGGUGUGGAGGAGCGAGGCUUGCCCGUGGAGGCCGGCCUGCAGGGCCCAAGGGACCUCGGCCGGAGCUCCUCCAGCCUCCAGGCGGGCCCCGCCGGCUCCCCCAGUCACGUCUCCGUCAAGGAACCCACCCCAAGCAUCGCCUCGGACAUCUCGCUGCCCAUUGCCACACAGGAGCUGCGGCAGAGGCUGCGGCAGCUUGAGAACGGAACCACCCUGGGACAGUCCCCCUUGGGGCAGAUCCAGCUGACCAUCCGGCACAGCUCGCAGAGGAACAAGCUGGUGGUGGUCGUGCACUCCUGCAGAAAUCUCAUCGCUUUCUCUGAGGAUGGCUCUGAUCCCUACGUCCGCCUGUAUUUGUUACCAGACAAGAGGAGGUCGGGAAGGAGGAAAACACACGUGUCGAAGAAGACGCUGAACCCCGUGUUUGAUCAGAGCUUUGAUUUUAGCGUCUCACUGCCAGACGUGCAGAGGAGAACCUUGGAUGUGGCCGUGAAGAACAGCGGCGGCUUCCUGUCCAAAGACAAAGGGCUUCUUGGCAAAGUGCUGGUUGGUCUAGCAUCUGAAGAGCUCGCCAAAGGCUGGACCCAGUGGUACGACCUCACAGAAGACGGGAUGAGGCCCCACGUGGUGACGUAGGCCGCCGCCAAGAAGCCCCCGCUGCACCUGCCCGCCCUGCACCAACAACCCCCACACACACCCCCACAGACACACCCACGCUGCCCCGCACCGACACACCCUCCUUCCCCGGCCCCCGCAGACAUACCAAUGCUCUUUUUAUAAUUUCACGUACUUGGUUACUGGCCCCGUGACGGUUUUAUAAAAUGUUGAUACUUUAGGCGUAUUUGGCCAAUAUUAGCAUUAAGUUUUGUAUGUUUAAAUUUCCUCUAGUAUUUCAGCAGUUGUCACGGUGUGCGUAGCAUAGCGGCCAGCUGUUGUGUGUGUAAAGCUACAUGUCGGCUGUCUCCUAGGAAGCCCAUGUAUGGACCUGCUUAUUAUUGCCUUGUUUUGUAUAUCACUGAGGUGUACUGUGCUAUAUAAAUAGACUAUUUUUUAUUAUCUCUACAUGCUGGUUUGAAAUUCAGAGAAAAUGGAUCAAGGAAAUAUAUCUAUUUUUUUCUUCUGAAACUUAUUAAAUUCUUAUUACAAAUAAUCAUUUUUGUCUUUGCAGGAAAAAGUUCUCAGUGACCUAUUUUGUGGUGUUUCUUUUUAAAAAGAAAAGCUGAAAGAUUAGUAAAUGCUAGUAUAUUUCUGCUCAUUAUGAAUGGUAAAAGAAUGUAUGCAAAAUAUUUACACUUUGAUAAAUAUAAAGAUGUAUUAUAAGCAGUCAGUUGUAGCGCUUAUAAGGAAAAAUGUAUAGCUGAGCAAUAUAAAAUAUCACAAGAAUUGUCACGGUUCACAGCGCACUAAUCUGAAAUUUCUCACAUAAAAUAGAAUGUCUUAAGUUUAUUUUUAGUUGCUUGUUAUAACUUAUUCAUGAAACAGUACAGAUACAUACUGAAAUACAAUACUUCAGUGUUAGCGGUUAGUCUGUUGUGGAAUUUUCGGUGUUUUCUCAGCUGUAAAAGAAAGACUAACUCAGGUUGUCUCUGCAGAGGCUGUGAGACAGGUCGGGGUGAGCAGAUAGGACAUGAUGUGUGGGAAGCCGCCACUGGCUCACGUGUGUCGGUGUGACGCGCACGGGGCGGGGCUGGUGCACACGUGUUGGUGUGACAUGCAUGGGGUGGAGCUGGCACACGUGUGUUGGUGUGACGCGCAUGGGGCGGAGCUGGCACCUCCACCUCAGGGACCCAGGGGUCUUGGCACGGCGGCCGCAGGCUGUCAGUAACUACUGGGUUUCCUCACCUCAUGCCGUGACUGACCUCAGUGUUGGGAUGUUGUUAUACAACUUUUAUUUGGGAGUAUUUUUUCUUCUUAGAUUAGGAAAAGCACGUUUUAUAUCCAAGUAUAUAAAGGUCCCAAGCCUCUUGGGAGGUGAGACUCCAUAGCCUGCGGCAGCUGUGCGUGCCCUAAACACGGUGCACGUGUGCAGAAAGCUUUACCUAUUCUAAGCUGCGGGAUGCAGAUGACCUGAGCCACGAGGACAUCCUCCAGCCCUGUGCAAAUACCGGGGGAGAUGCGGCUCUGAGCUUAGCGACCUCACCGUUCGUCCCGCGGGACUCCUGGACGCUCGCGGGGCCUGACUGCCCAAGUGCCUGUGGACGCUGCCUCUGCUCUGCCUCUCCUGCCCUCGGGGCUCAGCUCUGGCCCUUCACACUCUGACCCCAGGGGGUGGUGGAGCCUGGAGCCUCGCAGCACGUUUCACGCAGCCGUGCAGACCCGGCGCCCUUGCAGCUUCCUGGGCCAUAAAGCUUCUCCGAAGCCCCAGCAGAGACCACCUCCUCCAUCAGCGCGGGAGGCGCUGCAAGCCUGAUGACACGCACAGGAAACACCUAACUCUGGUGUUUUAGCAGCAGGAGGAAAACAGGUCAUUACUAAAUCCAGUGGCCUGCCCAUGGUUUUAGAUUUAUUGGAGAUUUUUUAAAAAGUGGGUUUGUUGUGGGAAUUCCCUGGCGGUCCAGUGCUAAGAACUGGAUGCUUUCACUACCAGGGACCUGGAUUUAACCCCUGGUCAAGAACUGAGAUCCCACAAGCCAUGAGGUACCUGCUGCUCCCCCCCAAAAUCAGGUUUUUUGAAGGGCUUCUGGCAUAAUUUCUAAAAGAAGGGAAACACUCACUGGAAUUUAGCACACCCAUGAUUUCUGCCAACAUCCCCAGUAUUUGGGUUUUGUAGCCAUGCACUUCACCUGUUCAACAUGUUCUGCUGCAUGUGCUACAUGGAAUGCUUUACUUAAGCAAUUAGGCAAAGUAAAUGCCACGAAAGGUGCAAAACCCAAACAAAGCCAGUUAGCUGCACGAUGCCCACCCUUUGUGUGGCCGGUGGGGCCUGGACAGACCCAGCAGCCAGCGCCAUUCUCUGUAAAAGGAAGGGAUGACUCUUAGGCUGGGACUCUUCCUUUAUGGCUGACGGGUGUUCAGAGGAAAGCUCUUGUGUCCAGUGGGGCAGCUGAGACUCGGCUUUAGGCCAGACCCCGGGCUCCGUGAUCCUGGCGAUGGACAGUCACUUCUCAGAACCUUCAUCACCAGUUCUGACUAACUGCUUCAUCUGGGAAAAGGGAACUUCAACUUUUCUACCUUGACCCAAACCAAUGGAGGGAAAAUUAACGUUGGUUAAUUUGAAUUGUUACUUUAUUGCUUAUCCUGUGCCUUAAAGUAUGAAGUGUGAGGCAUUGCUUCAGCUUAGAACAGAAGACGCCUCACAGCAGAGUUCACCACAGUUUAUUCCUCGUCAAGGGUCAGCCCUCCUCUGUCAGGAACUGUUGAAGCCAAAUGCAAACACUGGUUGUUUGUACGCGGUUGUUGCUUUAACGCCAUUCUAGCUGGACCACCCCCUGCAGAUGGAACACGGCAGAGGGUGUUUGUUUUUGUUUUUAUGUAAAUGCCCUUUUUGCUCAACUAAUUUUACAGGACAGUGCAUGUAUUUAUUCAAUAAAACUUUUUGUGUUA